GGCAAACCGCUGCUCACCGAGUACGACGCGCUGAACGACACGACGAGCCCGACGCUGCACAUCGAGCUGCGGCAAACUACGAAGCUGCGCUACUACCAGAAGCGCGCGCUGUCGCGCAUUUUCCACAACGGUCGUGCGCGGAGCGGGAUCGUGGUGCUGCCGUGCGGCGCAGGCAAGACGCUGCUCGGGAUCGCGGCAUGCGCGCUGAUCAAGAAGUCGACGAUCAUUUUGACUUCGAACAGCGUUUCGGUCGAGCAGUGGCGCGUGUCGCUGCUGCAGUUUUCGACGGUCGACCCCGCGCAGAUCGUCGUGCUCACCUCCGACGCUAAAAGCCGUCUGCCGGACGGGCCGUGCAUCGUCUGCACGACGUACACGAUGAUCAGCUUCAGCGGGCAGCGCAGCGAGCUCGCAGAAGAAGCCACGAACCAAAUUCGCGCGCGCGACUGGGGGUUGCUGAUCUUCGACGAAGUGCAGUUUGCGCCGGCGCCGGCGUUCCGCCGCGUAACCGAACAGUGCCGGAGCCACUGCAAGAUCGGGCUGACCGCGACGCUGGUGCGCGAGGACAAUUUGAUCGACGAUCUGCACUGGAUGGUCGGCCCGAAGCUCGACGAAGCCAACUGGCAAGAGCUGCAGAAGAACGGCUUCCUCGCGCGCGCGAAGUGCAGCGAGGUGUGGUGUCCGAUGACGCUGGAAUUCUACCGCGCCUUCAACCACACAGUGCUCCGCAAGUUGUGGACCUGCAACCCCAACAAGCUGCGCGCCUGCGAGUACCUGAUCCAGUUCCACGAAGCGCGCGGCGACAAAGUGAUCGUGUUCAGCGACUACUUGAUGGCACUGAAGGUGAUGGCGGUGUCGCUGAAGCGUCCGUUCAUCAGCGGCGACGUGCCGACCGCCGAGCGCGUGUUCAUCCUCAACAAGUUCAAAACGGAUCCGAGCGAAAAGACCAUCUUUCUCUCGAAGGUCGGCGACAACGCGAUCGACAUCCCGUGCGCGAACGUGGUCAUUCAAAUCUCGUUUAACUACGCUUCGCGGCGCCAAGAGACGCAGCGGCUUGGCCGCAUCUUGCGGCCGAAGCCCGGGCUGCAGCAGCACUCGCAGUACAACGCAUUCUUCUACAGCCUGGCUUCGCAGGACACGCCCGAAAUCAUCUACGCGGACAAGCGGCAGCAGUACUUAAUCGACCAGGGCUACGCGUACCAGAUCAUCUCGCUGAACAAGCUGCCGCUCGAGAAAGCCAACCUCGUGUUCUCCGACCCGGAGAAGCAGAAAGAACUGCUGCACUCGAUAUUGAUCAGCGCGGACUCAGACGACGGCUCCGACGUCGAGGUGUCCACCACUUACGCGACGGAAAGCGUGCUCUAA